CUUUUUGCUGAGCAGACUGCAAUUCCUCGCAAAAUCCGCCGCAGCGCUCCGCCCAGGCCUCUGAUCAUGUGCAAACUCUGUCCGAAUGUUCGGUAAAUCGCCACGAAUCCGUAGAUGCCAUUUUCUCCCCGCCAAAUGAUAGCCUCACAGAGUUUUCGCCUGCGACGUCCCCUAGCUCCACGUUGCGAUUAUGCUCGAGACCGCGUCGCCAGACCAUGUGCUUCCCGACGCGAAUCCUCUGGCAGCCUCGCCCGCCGACGGAACGCUGAACGCUCCAUCCAGUGACGCGCCGCAUGCCGAGCCCGAGGGUCGGGAAGCCGCCGGCGAGGCUCGAGCGAACGGCCAUGGCCAGCAGGACGCGACGCCGGCCCAGACGAACGGCUACGUGCCGCAGCCGGCGGAAGCCGUGGACGCUGCUCGUGUGGACGACAGCGAGCGGCCUGCAAAGAGGCUGAGGACGCGGAAUGCGACGCCGCCGCCGCCUGCUGUCCGCAAGCUGAAGCCCAUCUCGCCACCGUGGAAGAAGAUCGAGGCUGACGGCCCUACAUCGUUCACGGAGAACGGACGGCGCAAAUCCGGCCGAAUCAACCUGCUGUCCACCCCGGUCGAGCCGCCGAAUCCGAAUCCGAAGCGCAACACUCGGCAUUCGAUGAAUGGCUCGAAUGGGAGCACGACCAAAGACAGCCCGCUGACGAAUGGCAAGUCCAGCAAGACCGCAGCAGUCAGCGCACCCAAACAGAAGCCCACGAGCAAGACGACAUCAGCCAGCACCACGCCAUCAGAAUCGAAUUCGAGGCAUGCUUCCAAGAGAGGCACUGCUGCUCCCGAGCCUCGGUCAUCAUCGCGACUGACCCGCCGACGAACUCCCUCUCCUCCGCCGCAGCCUCUCAGACACUCUACACGAACGCGAAGAACACGGCUUAGCGAUGCAAUUGAACAAGAAGCUGCGGGCAAUGCCACAAAACACAACGUUUCUGAAGGCUCCGGAAAGUCUCCCCGAGUCAAAUUGAGGGUUGGGUCUCGGCUUGGUGUGAUUCCGCUGGUUCAUCCGGACCAGGUACGCAAACGACCGCGAAUAGGAACCGACUUUGACGAUUUCUGGAAUCGGGCUGGAGACAUCCCAGUGGAAGAUGGUGGCCUCAUGGUGUCUGAAGAUGGACCACCUUACACAGACGAAGCGGCGCAGCAUGACGCCCGCAUAAUACUACGUAUCGAGAAGGAGGUGGAGCCGGGAGGGCUACUGUCCAUGCAGCGGUGCUCCCUGUUCGUACCUGAAGGAGAGGAGGAACCGCCAAGGCAAUGGGCGCGACAGGAUCAUAUGACAAAGGCCGCCGCCAAUUUCCGAAAACUCAUGGUGGCCGAACAGCAGCGACAUCGAUCAACCGCCAAAAAGCUGGCCGAAGCCUGUCGCGAAGAAUGGCUGCGGCGUCAACCUAAAACUGCUGAAGAGAUAGAGGCAGAAGCAAGAGCCUCGUGGUUGGCAUACUAUCGGGUUGUUCUCAGAUCUCUCUACGGUACUUGGGAGAAUGUUCGUGCAGAAGUCAACAGGCGGCGAUUGAUACAGUGGGAGGCAGAAGAACAAAAGAGAGUCAAGGCUGCGCUUAAUCAGGCAGUCAGUCUGUCGGAGCAGAAACUGCAAGCUCGGCGCGCUGGAGGCAUAGAUUCGGAAUCUCUCUACGAUGAGGAUGGCUUUGACGAUUUGACCGACAGCGCUAGUGAGGAUGAAGGAGAAGGAGACGAGUCCCGCCUCUCUUCAGCAGAGACCGAUGGAAGUGGAGAUGGAGACGGGGAUGAUGAUAGCGAUAUGAUGUCGUCAUCGGAAGAUGAAGAGGAUGAAGAUCAUAAAGACGCGGCAGACGAGGGCCUGACGCAGGAGCAGUUACGGGCCAAAUACGCCAACAUACCCAAUCUCGAACGCGAAGAUGCAGAAUCGACGGCUGAUAAAGCGAGCCGAACCCCGGGUAACGCAGACGAUUCGGAGGCCGAGACGAGCGAUGAAUCGGUGGAUAUGGACGACGACCUUGGUUCAAGCGACUUUGAUGGGAGUGACGAGUCCGGAGACGAAGGCUCGACGGAUGAAUCGGGAUCUGAGGAGGAGGCCGGCGGUCUACUGGGACUCUUUUUCGGAAAAUCAGAACUGAAAGCGAUGAAGAAAGGCGAAGCCAAACCUGAAAGCCCGGAAGACGAAGAGGCGGGUGUCCAAGCUGAUGCAUCCGGGACCGAGACCAAGCAGCCUGACCUCGGGAUGGAAGAAGACGAUGACGAUGAGAUGUCGCUUGUCCACCAUCCUGAUUCUGUCAACGGUGACAACGCAAAGGAAGUUGGCGAUAACGCUGGUCCCUUGACACCUGCGACAGAGACCAAGUUGAACGGUCUGCAAAGCUCGAAGCAACUUAAUGACGAACAAGCCAAGAAAUACGCUGCCUCUUCCGAACCAGCCCAUACAGAUCUGAAGCACGUUGACGAGGACGUUCCAAUGGUCGAUGUCCCAGAACCAGCAGCGAGUGGAGAACCAAAAUCGGAAGAGCCUGCAGCCACGGAAGCCCCAGAGCAGGAUGCUCAUCCACAAGUAGAAGCAGCAAAUGUUCACUCCGAGACCGCUCCCGGUACCUCGUCACCGACCACCGCGGAGGCGGAGCCCAAACUAGAAAUGAAGCCAUCUGAAACCGAGGCACCACCGCCACAGGAGAUUGAGCGGGCUGAAUCGUCCACCGCCGUAACCCGGGUUUCCACGCCGCAACUCACAGGCCACAAGGUAGAAGUUCCGUUUCUCCUCAGGGGAACACUGCGCGAGUACCAAAGGCAGGGCCUCGACUGGCUGGCCGGCCUUUAUGCAAACAAUACGAACGGCAUCCUCGCAGAUGAGAUGGGGCUGGGCAAAACGAUCCAGACCAUCGCGCUGUUGGCACAUCUUGCUUGUCAUCACGAAGUCUGGGGUCCCCAUCUUGUCAUCGUGCCCACCAGCUGGUGUCCCGGCUUCAAAAUUCUCGCCUACUACGGAUCCCAGGAGGAACGCAAGAGAAAACGACAAGGAUGGAACAACGACGACGUAUGGAACGUCUGUGUCACCUCAUACCAGCUGGUACUCCAAGACCAGCAGGUGUUUAGGCGACGGAGGUGGCACUACAUGAUUCUGGACGAAGCGCACAAUAUCAAGAACUUCAAAUCGCAGCGAUGGCAGACGCUGCUAGGGUUUAACACGCACUCACGUCUACUGCUUACAGGAACUCCGCUUCAAAACAACCUCACGGAGCUGUGGUCGCUGCUCUUCUUCCUCAUGCCCGCAGAGAAUGGAGUCGGGGGCUUUGCAGAUUUGCAAGAGUUCCACGACUGGUUCCGCAAGCCCGAGUCCCAGAUUCUGGAGAACGGGAGGGACCAGAUGGACGACGAGGCAAAGGCAAUCAUUUCAAAACUUCACAAAGUUCUGCGGCCUUACCUCCUCAGGCGUCUCAAAGCCGACCAUCGCGAGCUGUACGAUGGGUUCCUGGCACGCAGCGAUACAAGAGAUACGCUGGCGUCUGGCAAUUAUCUGUCCAUCAUCAACUGUUUGAUGCAGCUGCGCAAAGUGUGCAACCACCCCGACUUGUUCUCUGUACCUGCAGAAUAUCAGGACACAGUGAGGGUCGUGCAGCGCACUGUCAACCUGGGCUUUCUGAACCUAGCUGACAGUAUCACCCAACUGAGCUCGCAUCGCAUCCUCAUGGAUCUCAGAGAGGCACAGAAAUGCCGAGCUCAAAACGCCUACACAACCCUGGACCCGUCCACGGUAGAGUCCAACAUUGCCUACCUGCAACACUGUGUUUACCUCAACGCCCUCCGCCGUCAGCAAAGGCCGAUAUAUGGGAGCAACGUUCCCCGGCCUCAGGUCCCUAAGAAGGUUCUUGAGUGGUUCGAUAAUGACUCGGCCUUCUUGCGGGCGUUGUCUCCGUCCCUCGAACAGAGAGCCGACAGCCUCAAGACCACCAUUGAAAAGUUCUCAUGCGUCACGCCCGCCGUAGUGACUCGAGAUCUGAACCAGGUGAUUCUCGGUCGAAAAGGUCUAUCGAAGCCGCCCCCAGCAGACCCCUGGCACGAAGCGCGAAUGCGCCUUACCAUCCAAUUCCCCGACAAACGCCUGCUUCAAUAUGACUGCGGCAAACUCCAGGCGCUGGACAAGCUGCUGCGUAAGCUGCAAGCCGGCGGCCACCGCGCGCUCAUCUUUACCCAGAUGACAAAGGUUCUCGACAUCCUAGAGCAGUUUCUCAAUAUCCAUGGGCACAAAUACCUCCGACUUGACGGCGCCACUAAGAUUGAGCAGCGUCAAAUUCUGACGGAUCGGUUCAACCACGACUCACGGUUGGGCAUCAACUUGACAGACUGGAAUCCGGCCAUGGACAAACAGUGUCAGGAUCGAUGCCAUCGUAUCGGCCAGACGCGAGACGUCCACAUCUACCGCCUCGUGAGCGAGCACACCAUCGAAGCGAAUAUUCUCCGCAAAGCGUCACAAAAGCAGAUGCUCGACGACGUUGUCAUACAGGAAGGAGAGUUUAACACGGAUUCGUUCAACCGGCCUUCUGUCAGGGAUGUCCUUGGCGAAAAGGUGGACUUUAUGAGCGAGGGUGUUGCUGCUGCAGAUGCCGCUCUUGACCUGCGCCGCGUCGGUCGUGUCUUUGAACAGGCCGAGGACAAGGAGGAUGUCGCCGCCGCACGCGUGGCAGAGAAGGAGAUUCUCGCCGACGAUGCCGACUUUACGGAGAAGCCCGGCGGAGGUGCCUCGGGUACUUCGACGGCUCGUCAAGGGACGCCAGCAGGCAAGUCCAUCUUUGACGGGGCCAUCGGAAUACUGGAUGGACCCGUCGAACCCGGCGUUGACGCAAUCGAGGAGUACAAUGCCUGGGGCGGGAGAAUGGGCAACAUUGACGAUUACAUGCUUUCGAUUAUGACGGAGGAGCUGAAGCAUACGAAACUGGAGCUGCCCAAGGACAAGAAGAAGGGCAAGAAGAAGGGCAAAGACACGAGGAAACGAUGAUGGGAAGUUGUCACUGUACGAUUUCAUGUAAUCACAUCACUGUGUAUAGUAUCCGGUCGUUUUGUGCUUGUAGGUUAUGGUGUUUUGAGAGAAGGGAGAUGAAGGAGUUUGGGGGGGAUUUUAAAAGGUUAUGCAUGCUAUUGAUGCUUUAGAGGCACGAUGCAGAGACAAGGCAACUCAAUGAUUCUGAUUGAUACU